AUGAGGCACGAUUCAUAAAAUACACCACGAUAUAGAUCUCACUCCGUCUCACUUCUUUAAUUUCUCUCUCCUCGACGCAACCAUGGUGGCGAUCAAACCCUUAGCCACAGCCGCCGGAUCCCUCCGUGCCAGACUAACUCAAACUCUCCGAACCCGUGGCGGUGGAGGAAUCGACAGAUGGACAAGCCCAGGUCACCAAGAACGUCCCAACGGCUACCUCUUCAACCGCCCGCCACCACCACCUGGUCAGUCCCGUAAAUGGGAAGACUGGGAAUUGCCCUGCUACGUCACCAGCUUCCUCACCAUUGUCAUCCUUGGUGUUGGUCUUACCGCUAAGCCCGAUCUCACCCUCGAGACUUGGGCCCAUCAGAAAGCCCUCGAACGCCUCCAGGCCCAACAGCUUUCUUCUGACUCCUCUGAGUAACUUCACUUUCCAUCAACCUUUUUCUGUUUGUCGUUUGAUAUUCGGAAAAUUUUAGGGUUUUUUCAAUUUUUUUUUGUUAUGUUGUUGAUAUAUGGGGGGUUGUUGUAGUGAAUCAAGAAAAAUAAGGGUUUCUGAACAAUUGACCCUUCUUUUAAAAAAAAUUGGAGUUAUUUUCCAAAGUAUAUUUUGGUACAAUGAUUUGUUUUUCUCUCA